CGCGUAAAGUUGUGUAUUCUGAUACUAUAUCGCAUUUGACGAUAUCCAGAUUGCAGUCAUGAUAAAUAUUGUGUUAAACAAUAUGAAUAAAGGUAAUUAAAUAACGAGAAUCCAAGUUCUUUCCACUUUGCUGUUUGAUAGAAUCGCGCGAAUAUCAAGAGGCCCCAAAGGGGUAUACUCAAAACGGCAAGAUACGAACGUUAUAAUGCCAGUAAAUCUUUUCUAAAGUGUGUAUUUAAUUUUUUUUUUCUUUUGAUAUACUUUGAAUGCAAUUCCAGUCAACUUCUUCAACUGGUGCUGAUUCCCCUGUAAAAGGUAGAGGAAGGCCUAGAGGACGCGGCCGUGGCCGUGGUCGUGGUAGAGGAAGGCCAGCAGCAAGAAGAGGCAGGUCAAACAGAAAAGAGGAGGAAGUUCUCCAACAUACGGAGCAAAGAACAGAAAUUGCGAAGAGACAUGUGCAGAACCUCACCCAUGAGGCAUGUCAGCAAAUGCUCAUUGAAGUAGCAUCCAGAUCAGCAAGUCUAAUUUUGGACAUAAUUGACAAGUCAAGACCUGGAGCCCCUGGUCAGCUUACAUCUGUACCCGACGUACCAUCCUGGUGUACCUGUAACCGCUGUCGGAACAUGCCUACAGAGGAAGAAAAGAUCUGCUGUGGCAGAAGUCCAGAACAGUGCACAACCCUGUUGCCAGAUUUCCAUGUUCUGUGUCUUGAUGAGUCUGUCCUUGCCCUGGCCCGCCUGUAUAGAGAAGAUGUGUUAGCUUUGCCAGCUGAUGAUGAUUACAACAGGGGGAACAGGCACUCUGCAUACAGACAGUACAUCCUUUGGACUUAUGGAAAGCUUGGAGCAGGACAUAGAAAAGUCAUUCCAAGCUGUUGUGUUUGGAAAAUACGCAACAAAUACCCAGAACCCUCAGGACAAUAUGUGGGUUUUGUCCAAGGAAGACUAAAUUAAUCUUGGUUUAGCUGGAAAGGGGAUGGGAGUGAUAGCAGAACAUGUUAUGUUCAAUGAAAUACCUGAAUGGGUCUAUGAAGGAGGAUGACAGUGCUUUUUUCUGAAAUGUAACAUGGCUGCUUGUUGGCUGAUCCCCAAAGGAUUUUUCCAUUUCUUCUAUU